GAGACUAGUGUGGCUCAGGCAUUCUAUGUAAACACUACUUUUAGUUUCACUUUUAUUUUAAAGCCACUUAUUGUUGUAAAACACAUCACAAUGGCAAACUGCACAUGUUUUUGCCGAAGUUUCUCCAAAAAAUUGGAGCACCAAGAGUCGCCGAGGAAUGACGUCAGGACGCAUCACAUUGAACGAUGACGCCGUUUGAUCAUUAAAAAAAUCUGCCGUUUAAGAAUAUACGAAAAUUAGGUCAAGCUAACUUAAACCAGUCGCCACAAUAUACAAUGAACGUCAGCACCGCGCGCUUGUUGGCGGUGAAACUCGAACAAAGACGCGUCCUGUCGGUGAGAAAUAACCUGUUCCGAAGAGGAGUCGACAGAUGUCCGGUGAUUCCAGCUACUGCAGACCGAAGCUGUAGCCGUUAGACCGGUCCGUCCUCCCUCCCCUCCUCCCUUCUGCCGCGUUCGGGAAACCUGCAGUCCCGAAUCACGUUAACGCUACUGUCGGUGGUAGUCCCGUCCGGCCGCGGCGGAGCUGAAUGGUUAGCCCGGUGAAGGAAGGAGAGACACCGCCACACACACAUACACCAGCAGCAGCACUGAGCAGGAGCCGCUCCGCCCGAGAACCAGGACAUUUACUGCUCGCCUCGUCUAGACAGCAACACUAUGCACAUUUCAGUAGUUCAAAAAAAAAAGCAGUUGAAUGACUCCAGCAUGUGAACACAACGACAAUGUGAGCAUCGUCACUUCUGCUGUAGAUCUUUACCCUGAACAGAAGUAAACAGGCUUUGGUUUGACAAUGUCAAGCCGCCGGAAAUCAACCACACCUUGCAUGGUGCUGCCCGCUGAUGUAGUGGAGCAGGAAGAGGUGGAGGAGAAAACAGAAAGGACCAAAGAGGAGGAGGUGGAGGAAGAGGAGGGGAAGGUGAAGAAGGGAAUACAUGAGGGGGCAACUGCAGAGGAGCUAGGCCAGGCUCUAGUGGUUGUUCCCACACCACCAGAUACAGAUGAGCCCAGUGUCUCUUCUACAGGAGACAGUGAAACACUCGACCCCUCACUGAAGCACAGCACUGCAAAGCCUCCUGAUGAUCCAAGCAGUGAUCAGCCUACCCAGGAGCAACAGUGUGAUAUGCCCGAGGAAGGAGGAGGAGGAGAACCUGUGUCAGUCACUGCCAUUUCUCUCAGCAAGACACCCAUCAUGAGGAUGAAGACCAAAUCUGAACCCAAGAGGAUUGCUGUGUCCCUGAAAGCGGCAGACGAAGCAGUGGAUGGUUCAGGAGGAGGUGGUGAAGGAGAGGUGGGAGGAGAGCAGGAGCCCAUCGAAGCUCCCCUUGGGCCGAUGACGCCCAUGGAGAUGCUGCUACAUGAUUCCAUGAAGCUUGGAGGAGGUGGAUUGCUAGUCAGUACGCAGUCAGAGCAGCAGAGGAAAUCUUCCUUUUUAAAUCCGACAGUUCUGCCGACUGGCCUGGCCCAGGUGCUCUCAGCCUUUCAGGCCCAGCAUAGUACAGCAGCAGCUCAGCCUCAGCUACUGAUUCCCCUCAGCAGCAUCCCAUCUUACAGUGCAACUAUGGACACCAACCCUCUGCUGGGCACCACAUACAAAAAGUUUCCUUACCCCUCGAUGGCUGAGAUCAAUGGCCUAGCAGCACAGACACAGUUCACAGAGGAGCAGAUCAAGGUGUGGUUCUCAGCUCAGCGGCUGAAGCACGGUGUCAGCUGGACGCCUGAGGAGGUGGAAGAGGCCAGAAGGAAGCAGUUUAACGGCACAGUGCACACAGUGCCUCAGACCAUCACUGUCAUACCUGCUCACCAGCUCUCAGCUGCUGCCAAUGGCCUGCAGUCCAUUCUCCAGACCUGCCAGAUAGUGGGCCAGCCUGGCCUGGUGUUCACACAGGUUGGUCCAGGAGGGAACCUUCCAGUGACCAGUCCAAUCACACUGACAGUGGCAGGACUCCCCAGCCAGUCCCAGAGCUCCAGCAGGGGUUCCUGCCAGCCAACCCCAACAAACAGUGAGCUGAAACGGGCUACCACUGUCCAGCCUCCAUCUCUUUCUCCACAGGAGAACUCUGCCCUCAGCGCUGACACAUUUAGUAUGAGGCCUAAGAAGUCCAAAGAGCAGCUGGCAGAGCUGAAAGCCAGCUACCUGAAAAACCACUUUGUCACAGAUGCCGAAAUCGCUCGGCUGAUGAAGAUCACUAACCUGACAAAGGGAGAGAUCAAGAAAUGGUUCAGCGACACUCGGUACAACCAGCGCAACUCUAAGAACAGCCAUGUCAUCAUAUUCCAUGAUGGAGGGGGUCGAGGAGGUGGCAGCUGUAGUAGCAGUGCUAGUGCCACCAUUGUUAUUGACUCAAGCGAUGAUAACCCCACUUCUCCCCAUCCUCCCUGCAUUUCCCCCGUGAAGGAAAAGGAGACACGGCCCAAAACAUGGAAUCCUUUCCCAGACUUCACUCUGCAGAAGUUUAAGGAGAAGACACCGGAGCAGCUGGUGGUGCUGGAGGAGAGUUUUGAGAAAAGCAGCAAUCCAUCAGAUGAAGAAGUGAGCCGCCUGAGGACAGAGACUAAAUUGACAAGGAGGGAGAUAGAUGCCUGGUUCAUUGAGAGAAGAAAAAUACCAUCUGUCAAUACUUCCUCCCCGGAUUCCUUAGAGGGAGGGAAGUUGGAGACAGAUGGAGCAAAAGCAGGAGACAGACAAGGAACAGGAGGAGCAACCUCAUCUUCAACCUUAGCCAGCUUGUCUCGUAGAGGUAGUCAAACUCCACCUGGGGGUCGCAGUAAGCAGCUGCCCUCCACAAGCAGCAGCAAGAAAGACAUAAAAGAUAAAACUAAAAAGUCUCCAGAGCAGCUCCACAUUCUGAAAAGUGCCUUUGUGCGUACCCAGUGGCCCUCGCCAGAGGAGUAUGACCAGCUGGCAGAAGAGAGCAGCCUUCCUCGGUCUUACAUCGUCAGCUGGUUCGGGGACUCUCGGUACUCCUGGAAGAACGGAAACCUGAAAUGGUUCUUUCAGUAUCAAAGUGGAAACGUAGAAGGGGCCAACAUUGGGGGAGGCACUAAAAUGGGAAGCAGCAGUGGCCGUAAAAGACGUGGCCGUAACCGCGGUUGGGGCCGUUCCCGAACCAGGAAGCAGCCCAGAAGGUCUGCCACCUCCAGUGCAGAUACUGACGGACCUGUCCCUGCAAAGAAAUUCAAGACUGGGAGGGAGAUCCUGAAGGAGUAUUUCCUGAAGCACAGCUUUCUCAAUGAGCAAGACCUGGAUGAGCUUGUCACUAAGACCAACAUGAGCUAUGAACAGGUGCGGGAGUGGUUUGCUGAAGUCCAGCGGCGCUCGGACAUGGGGUUAGAUCCCUUCAACGAAGCGGCAGCAGGGAGGACGAACAUGGAUGAAAGAGGGGAGGAGGAGGCGGGGGAGGCGCGGGGAGAGGGAUCAUCAGCCACAGAUGACCAGGUCGGCACUGGGAACGGAGACGAGGACGACGAUGAGGAAGACGAGGAGGACGACGCAGAUGACACGGAUGACAGUGAGGUUUGGGAACCGUCACGUAGUGUCAGGAAAUCCUUGUCAGUUUCUGAAGACUAAUGAUUGGGGAAAUCAUGGCGACACAUUAGAGAAUGUAUAAAAGAAAUACUGGGAGCAUCAGUGCUGGAAGACACUUAGCUGAACCAAGUCUUUUUGCCACCGAUUUUCUUGGGUACAAAUUUACAGCAUUAAUAUAAACUGUUUUUUUCAAACUCUUUUUGAAACAUGUCUACAUACGACUAACAGAUGGACUAUAACUUUAGCUCCCUCUGUCAGUAUGUGUCUUAUUAACUAUAGGUGUUAGUGUAGUCAUAAUAAUUGUGGCAAAAGAGUUUUGUUGAAGCUUAAAAAACUGUUACAUGAUAUGUUGUCAAACUUAUACCAUCAAGUGCAAUGUUCAAUCUGAGUUUAAGUUAUAACUGGAAAUUGAAUAGUUGCCCAGAACGAUGUUAAUCCAGGCACAUCCAGACACUCUUCUGUAGAAGAAAAUGACAAAUACUGGCUUUUGUACAUUCAAGAUUUGGGAGGAACUGACAGUUUCCAAUGUCCAGCAUGCUCCUUGUUAAAUUUCCACUCUGUCAUUGCUUAAAUUAACCAGAAGUGGAUAUUUAUUUACACAUUUAUGCUUGAGGAGGAGGAGUUUGCCAGGCCUACAUUCAAACUUAAAUCCUUAGCAUUAUAAAUGUUUCGAUCAUGGUUCCAAAUUAACUGCACACGUAAGAAAAUACGUAAAUGUUGUGUGUGUACAGAGGUGCUUGGAAACAUGUAACUAAAGAUGUCACUGCUGAGCAAUCUCUCUAAUAAAUCUAGCAUACAUCUAUUAGAGGUACUGGUUGAUUUGACAUGUGACAGUAUCUUUUUUUAUAGCACCUUAGCAAAUUAGGUAUCUUUUCCCUCUCCGAGCUAAAGGCUCAAAUGCCGGGGGAAAGUAGCCGAAUGAAUGCCAAUGCCUUGAUUAUUUUAAAUAAUGCAGGAUGUCUGCUCAAGUCUUCCCUUUAUAGUGGCUCGUUGUUCAUUAAUAUUCGCACUAAAGAUUUUUAACGGAGCACCUACAGAUCUGAUGGAAAAUUCCUCAGUACCUGUUUAUUAUGCACUGCUUUUAAUGUUUUGAAACAACUUUUUCAUCUUUUGAUAGAAGUCAUUCUGUGCUGUUACAAGCCUUUUUAAAGGAGGUUGUGUGGACUCAGAUAGUGUGAGGCUUUUGUGCCAAAGCUGCAGUUGGCAACAGAGGACAGCACAGUCUUUGAACUCAAUGACGGCCACUGUGAGGCAAACAUCUGGGUCCAGUACAAUAAAACCAAACCAAAUUAUGUCACUGCAGCAUUGGACAGGACUGAACGGAGGGACGGAAUUUGUAAGAUGGGGAUGCAUGUGAACACAGGCAGUGUGAAUUUUAAAUAUGUCAGUCCAUAUGUUUCCCCUUGAUAAGACUGUGAUCACCACCAAAUCACCAAUACUUUGCCUUUAGGUUUGGGUUCAUGCCUAAAACAUGGCCUGUGAAUCAUUAUCGGUAGCGACCCAUACUUUAAGAAGCACUGUUUGCUCGUAUUUUAACCAAUAAUUUGACUCCAAUCUGCACUGAAGAGUAAAACGUGAAGCACCUAAACUAGAAAAAUGCACUUUGUCCACUUGUAUUUAUAGCGGAUUAAAUCCUGAUUAGGCACCUUAAUCUCUUAUUACACCAUGAAAUGGCUCUGAGAGACCAAAUCUGUUUUGUAUUACAAAGAACUGAACCAGUAUUUUGCCUUUUUAACCUUAGUGUAUUUUCAAGAGGAGGAAUAUAAUCAAAUCAUCCACUUUUUUAAUGAUAUGUUGUUUCAUAUUUGGACGUUUAUGCGGCUCAAAAAAACUAGUUGAACAAUCAUCUACCACUUUCUUUCGCUAAAUUGCACAAUUUGAGCCAAUUUUUAAUCAUCUCUCCUUUUGAAAAUGCACGCGUUGUAUUUGUUGGUAUGUUUAUAAUAUUGCUUUUAAUAGUGGGAAUUGUGUCCCAUUUUGUCCCUUUCUGCUUUCACAUGCCCCUGUCUGACUAAACCACUUUCAUCCAGGCCCCUUUUGUAAAAUGGAGAACUAGAUUUCAUGUGCACUUCCCAAGACCUGUAUGUGUCCUGUUGAGACUGGGCUAUAGGGACAUCUUCAAAAAGACUGAAAACAUUCAGAAAACAACGAAAAAAAAAAAAGAAGGUAUUCUUGGAAAAUUCAUUGUCUCUUUUGGAGGGAAUUAUGACGAUGCCUGAAGAAACAGCACAGCAUUCCCUCUGUGGUGGGAAGUCGACCAAAUAACACUCCUCUCUUCAGCUGUUUUCUUCAUGCUUUCCUGCAUUGAGAAGACAAGACAGGACAAUAGACUGAAAACUGUCUCAACUGCAGUUCUUCACCCACUGGAGUGAGGCUGUGAUGAUGCUUUGCAGAUAAACCUAUGUGCCUACAUGGCUCGUAUACAUUUUUUUUUUUCUUUAAACAGAAUUUCACCAACUCUGCAAACUAAAUAAUUUGUGAUUGCCAUGGAAAUCGGAAACUGUUUAAGUGUUUCUCAAGAAAGCCGUGUUCAAACUAAGGUGUGAUGCAUGACCGAGCUCUGCUUUCUGCUGACGCUAUAAAGAUGCCUACAUACUCUGAAGUUGACAUUGGAAGCUUCUGUUGUUAGUCCUUAAAUAACCUUGUUGUGAUGAAUUUUAUUGUAUUUUCUUACCAGGAACUUGUCACACACUCCGUGUCAGAACCUUUGGCUACGCAAAGUGCAUUUUAACGAGUCUCUUUGACAUUAGUGGAGUUUAGCUUUAUAUCUGUAGCAACUAAGAGAGACAUUGGAAACUACUUAAUUGUAAUGUGACAAAUGCCUGGCCAUGAGAAAUAAUAGAUUCUAAAAGUCAAGGUAUACUUUUUGUCUAAUACUGCAUGCAAUAACAAGACGAACAACUGCUCAGUUUGUACAUAUAGUAUUUUGAGUUGGUAUACGUGGCACAGUAGAAGCCUAAUCUAGAAUUACAGUCCAGUUACAUUGACCUUUUUUAUUUACUCAUUGACUCUUGAACAGUUUACUCAUUUUUUGUGCAGCCUCUUGGUGCCCAUUUCUUCAAAUUUGUGCUCCUCUUGUGUUCACAUGCUACAAAAAUAAAGUGCUCAUAAUUGGCUUCUUGUAGUUCUCAGGUUAGGCUUAUUCCUGUAUCCAGGUAUUCAGCCCACAAUCUUUUACAGUGUGCUCUUCCUUUACUGUUGUCUGUUCUGAAAUGUUUAUGACUGCAACUGUUCAGACAUCAGUGGAUUGCUUGUUAACAAUAGAACAAUAGUAAUUCAUACAGUAUAAUACAAUAGAGUAGUGUUCUUUGAGGAAACAAAAUGUGUUUCAGAGUUCAGCCAGUGUUGCCUGAGUGGCUUUUUUUGAUACUUUAGUUGCUAUGAAUAUAGAAUCAGAACCCAGUUGAAAAGACAUGCACUUUUAUUUAAAUGCACUGUUAAAUAUGUGUUUAUAAAUAUAGUGAAGAACACUUUAAGUUGCUACAUUGGCUCUGUUAUCAUUCGGCCUGUGAAGGAUUCAAGAUUCAAGAGAUUGAAGAGAGAUUUUAAAAGUCCAGCCUGUCGUCUUAUUGGAAAUUUAGGACCCAGUAAUUUUGGAACUUUGGGUCAAAUAUCUCUGUCUCUAUUGCCCAGUUUUUGACUAUUUGGUUCAAGUACUUUUUCUGUCAAGUUACCAUAAAAGUUUGGAGCGAGCGCCCAUUUAACAAUUCAAUGUUCCCUAUAUGACAAUACCAUAAGAAUUUCCAUCUUGACAGUUUAUAAUUUCCUGAUAUGAGGUGGAUUAUGAGAGAGUUCUGUCAUUUGCAGAGCCACUUUGGUCGUUUCUCUUUGGCAUGUUUAGCUGUCUCUUCUCUGAGUUGUGAUUCUAUAUCCGUCAUUCAUCAUAUAUCCAAGUUACCCUUGUGCAAGCUAAUAUUGUGAUCAGAGUAGUUUAUCUGCUGUCCUAUUAUACUCCUAUGUCACAUCUGUAUCCUUCGCUGUACUCGUGCUUAGCCUUCACUCGUUUGCUGUAUUUAGACAAGUAGUUGGUUGAAUGUUUCUUAUGCAAUCAGAGAUUCAAAUGUGUUCACUAUAUAGCAGCUAGCUUUUUUGGUAAAAUAAAAAAAAAAAUUGUAAUACACUGUACUUAUAAAACAAGGUUUUUAUUUCAUUGAUAGUGGACGUUCCACCGUCUUGCUUUUACUGAUCUGAUUUUUAAUCUGCUGACAGUUUUUAACCUAAGUUGUUGCUUCUCAUGGACAUGAUUUGCUUUUAACUGUUCUAGACUGUUUUUGUAUUUUUAAUUCUUGCUUCAAUACAGCUUACAUUUCCAGACGUGUUUUGUGAGUAAUGGCAGUGAUCUCUCAGCUCCUGUAAUAAUAAAUAACACUUGUUUUUGUGGACACAGAUACUGUAGGUAGAGUACAAUGAUCUUAUUAUAUACUCUGCCUUAAUAAAGGGUGUGUGUGUAUUAAUUUAAAACAACUUGUUUACUGUGCCAUUUAAAAAAAAAAAAGAAAUUAUGUCAUCGCUGAUUUUAACUGAUAUUUAGUGCAUUAGAAAACAUGCUGUGAUUUCAGUCCUGUAAAAAUCCACCAUGACUUGGUACACUUUACACAGUACACUUGAUUAAGUAGGGAAUCUGUGAAUAACACUAACUUUAAUGUGGUUGGACGUUUUGCAGGGGAGAUGCAAGGAGAGGUUUUUCUUUUUUUCUACAACUUUCAUGAUAAAACUUGUCAACAAAACAGUUCGACAUGGUCUUCAUCGGUGUCUUUGAAAGUGACAUUUUCAUCUUAAGUAUUUAUACACUCUGCCUGUACAUCUGAAAUGUGUUCCAAACUGAGAGUAUCUGUCAUUUACUUUGAUCAGACCACAGUUAUGUAUGUGCGAUGGCCUCCGCUGGCUUCCUCUAAAGAGCUACAACAAAUUGAUUGCAGCCCCUGCAGUCAUCAACUUGAAGCAAUCAGCUGUGAGGAAAACAACCUGUGCAAUGUUCAUUUUAAAUCCUGGCUGUUACUGGGGCUCUGGCUUGUUUUUUUUCUUUUUCUCGUUUGAUUUAAAAAAAGGAAAAAAAAAGGUUUAUAUUUUAUACUUAUUUGAGGAAUAAAGUCCAAUAAAUUUUGAUCAAAAGA